AUGUUGAAGAAGAACGUUGAAGAAGAACGUUCAAUUACCUUGAUUUUUUGUUCCCAUAAUUUCUCAUUGUUCCUGAUUGAGAUAUUCUCAAUGCCUCUUCCACUGCUGGAGGAAGAGAAGGCGCCCGGGGGCGACCCGCGCGCUCUGUCCCCCGCCAUGUGCUCCGUGAACGAGGAGGGCAGCACGGACCCGUUGGUAGCCCGGUGCCGGCAGCUGGAGGAGACCAUGGAGCAGCUGCACCGGGAGAACAAGAGUCUCAAGAGCAAAGUGCCUCGCUACAACGCGCUCUGCAGCCUCUACCACGAAUCCGGGCAGCAGCUGAAGCACCUUGAACUGCAGCUCUCGGCCAAGGAGGCGAUGAUCGGGGAGCUGAAGGCGAGCUUGGCCAAGUACCAGGCUGCCCAACUGGGACCAGCUCAGGAAAAGGAACCGCUGGGGGGGAAGUUAGUUGAGCCUGCUAAGUCGCUGGUGGAAAGUCUAAUAGAUCAGCUUGGCCAAAUGCAGCAGCAGCUUAAAGAGAGCGAGAGAGUUUCAGCACAAAAAGUGGAAACGCUGAGCCAGGAAGUGCAGAAGCUGAAUGGACAACUAGAAGAAAAAGACAGAGAUAUACAGCAAAUAAUAAGCCAGCCACAGUAUGAAAAAGAGAGAGAAAUCUUACAACUCCAGAGAAACUUGGCAGAGAAAGAGAAAGUCCAGGCCACAAAUGAAGUACUGUGUCGUUCACUCACAGAUGAAACUCACCAACUUCAACGUAAAUUGGCAUCCACAGCAGAAAUGUGUCAGCACCUGGCAAAAUGUCUAGAAGAAAACAAGACAAAAGAUGGAGGCAACUUAAAGGAGCCUAUUCCAAUCAAAAGAGCCAAUCAGCUACAAUUUUCAGAGAAUAAAACUUCACUCCAAACAAUCAUUUGCCAACUACAGGAGGAAAAUAGGAAGUUAAAACAAAAAGUGUUUCAUGUGGAAGACUUAAAUACAAAAUGGCAGGCAUAUGAUGCUAGUAGAGAGGAGUAUGUGAAACGGCUUCAUCUUCAGCUAAAAGAACCGAAGUCUCAACCUGAACAACAGCAAGCCAUUACACCACUGCAAAGAAAUUCAGAUCUAAUGCAGAAGGAAAUUUCUCGGUUGAACAAAUUACUGGAAGACAAAAUGAAUGAAUGCAUUAAAGUAAAGCGAGAGCUAGAGGAUGUGAAGAAGGCUAGAGCUGGAGAUAGUGAACGUAUGCAAAUGCUGGAGCAACAGGUCCUUGUUUACAAGGAUGAUUUCACAUCUGAAAGAGCAGAUCGAGAGCGUGCACAAAGUAAAAUACAGGAACUUCAGGCAGAAGUUGCUUGUCUACAACACCAACUAACCAGGAGACAGGAAACAAGAGAUGCAGCUUGUCAUGUUAGAGUUCACACUGGGAACCAAAAUCUUAUGUAUGUACAGACAAAUGUUGAACAUUUCCUGGGCAACAGCCAAGUCUCCUCAGGCAGAAGGAGAACUGGUUCACAAUCUGAACAAGCUGCUACACCCACGGACAGUCGGGGAUCAGGAUCAGAGAGAAGAGGACAGGGUGAACUUCAGUGCCCUCAUUGCAUGAGGUUCUUCAAUGACGAACUCAGUGAUGAAUUUCUUAAACAUGUUGCUGAAUGUUGUCAAUAAACUAACCCGAAAAGUGCAAUGAAAUCAAAUCAACCACUACAUGAUACUGAGAAAAUGGCACUUUGAGAUGUAUACUACAAUAUCAAUUAAUAUUGGUUAUAUUUUUAAUAUUUAUCAUCCAGUUUGGAUGUUUGACUGAAUAAGCAUAAAUUUAGUGCAUAGUUUCAGCAUUGAAUCUGAGGACAGGUUAGUGAAAGAAGUUUGCAGGUUACUAACCUACAAUAAAGGGGGAAAAACAAAGUAAUGCAUUUGAAAUGGCCACAAUAUUAGCAACCAGCAGGAUGAAAAAUAUCUACCUCUUAAUUCAUUCCACCAGCUGCUGGACUUCACAAGAGACUUCAUGAUAAAUCAAGCCACUUUGCAAAGAAUGGAAAUAUACACACAUUUGUUGUGUUAAUUGUAACAUGCAAAAACCUGCUACACGGCAGAAGUGCUGAAGUACACAGAAGUUGGUGUCAGAGCCCAGACUGACUUCCAAACAAGUGUGUGACUUUGUACUUAUGGCAAUCUGAAUAUUUAUAGAAGUUAGUGACAGCAUCUUAACUGGAUUUGAAAUCUGUAUACCUUUUCAAAGAGAUAGCCAUAUAAGGGGGGGAAAAAGAAAUAGGGCAAAUUUCAUUGUCUAAUAUCUGGCAUACAGUUGACUUAGAGGCAUCUCAUUUGGAACUAAAUUGAGUCAGACAUUGAUACGACAGCAUGAAACUAGUGAUCUGUUUGAGAGUUUUUAUAAGCACUUGUAUUGAAUGUAAGGAAAAUAUUUAGGGACCAGUUAUUCUGAUCUAAACCCCUCUGUUUGCACUAAAACAUACUGCCCAGGGAUUAUUUAUUUUGUCUGUGCUAAAGUGACUGUACAUAUGUGAAUACAGAUUGUAUACAAAUAUUUUAUAAUUGUUUAAAGGUAUUUUUGUAAUAAAAGAGGUGGUAA